AUGAGCCCGGAUCCUGAGGCGCGCCGGGCUCGGAGCCGCCAAACUUGCUACCCGCCCCCACCGCGGGCGGCGGCGGCGGCGCGGGGCUUGGUGCCUGGCCCCCGCUGCGGCUGCGUUCGCCUGGGAGCCGGGGCAGGAGCGAGCGCGGGCUUGGCUACUCUGGCUGGUUGCGCUCCGCACUGGGGGCCGGUUCAGUUCGCCUCCUUCCCCCGCGGAACUGCUAGGAUUUGGACUGCUGGCGCGGCAGCCGCUACCACCCGGAGCACCGAAGUCGGAGUCCCGGGACCUGCGGCCGAAAGGAGGGAGCGCGAGGCGCACGGCACCCCCACGGCUUCAAGCGCUCCAGCCCUGCCGAGCCGCGGUUGUGGUCUCUGCUUCCGCACCGCGGUGGGGGCCGCCGAAGUUGCCACAGUUCAGCCCCACAGAGUGGAAAAGCCGCCGAACCCUCGCGGUCACAUUUUGGCCUCAUUUGCAAUUUCUCCGGGACCUCCACCUUCUUUUCCCUCCCCCACCACACCAUUCUCUGGAGAGAAAAGCUGGGCUUUGUUUCUACUUAUGGGCAAGAAGAGAAUGCGUCCUCUCCCCUCUAUGCGACCGUUUCAGGACCUGACCUUCCCUAUGAAGAUCCCGCAGAUGAAAAAGAAAGCGAACAAGCAGGUGAAUUCCAACUCAAGAAGUCUGCUGUGCAAUCCAGAAGCUGAGCUGAAUGAUUAAGAGGUAAACUGAUGUCAGCUGACUCCAACUCAGAUUCAACUAAGGCCCAGAGGAAAUCUGUCUGCUUGACUGUUUAUUUUCGUUAAUGGAGUCCACAUGUUUUUUCUUCCACCUGGAGCGUGUUGCAUUUAAAGCUAACAUUAAAAUGACACAUCUUAAAGAAAA